UCGCACUAUUUGGGCUCCAAAGACGCGGGUCCUACGUCUGUAGUGCUACUCAAGUUUGAAAUGUCUACGAAUCCUGGACCUAAUGAGUUAUUUUCAACAUUUUACGAAGAAGUUAAGGCAAUAGAGAAGCGGGAUUCCGUUUUAACAUCGAAACAACAAAUUGAUCGGCUCAACAGACCUGGAUCGACUUAUUUUAAUUUGAAUCCAUAUGAUGUUUUACAAGUAGAUCCUGACACACCGAUGGUUGAUAUAAAAAAGAAGUACAGACAGUUAUCCCUGCUUGUUCAUCCAGAUAAAAACCCAGAUGAUCUUGAACGAUCUCAAAAAGCUUUUGAAGCUGUAAACAAGGCUUACAAAGCCCUUGAUGAUCCUGAGACUUCUCGCAAGUGUAAAGAAGUUGUGGAUGAAGCAAAAGAUCUUGUGGAACAAAUGAUGAUUGAAAAACGAAAGCGUGUUAAGAAGACAAGUGGGUGUAUAACGAUUGAGGAGGAUGAUCCCGAUAAGCGACGCCAUGCCAUAUAUGUGCAAACAUGCAAGCUGUUCGCAGAUCUCGAAAGAUUAAGGGUAGAAGAAGAGCUGAAACAAUCUGCAGAAAGAAAACGUAAGGCUGAAGAGGAAGAGGAAGGAAAGAAACUUAUGGCAUAUGACAAAGAGUGGAAAAAAAAUUAUGAAGAAAGUCGUAGUAAUCGUGUUGAAAGUUGGCGAGAUUUCAAGGCGAAAAAGUCCAAAACAUCAAGAGGUAUUGGUGGUUUAAAACCACCAAAAACAAAAAUGGAACAAAGGCCUGGUUAGUAAAGCGAGAUUCUCAAUUCGUACGCAAUUCUAUUUAUUCACUUUGAAGGGAUAAAAUAAUGCCAUAGUAUAACACUACUUGUAAAAAAAGGCAAUGAUUUUCUUUGCAAUUUGAUAUUUAUUGUGUCAUCAUCACUUGUACGCCAUUCUAUUUGACCAAUUCUCUUACCCUUCUGUGUAUAUGUAUCAUUUCAAAAGAAAACAAAGCACUGUGUUCCAUAAAUCCAAAUAGUUUGUUUUUGCACAUCAUGGUAUAUAUAUAUAGAAGGCAUUCACAAAACAAAACCAUAUGUAACAGUGAUUAUAGUAAUUAAAAAAAUAUCAAACAUCAUCGUU